ACUUCCCUCUUCACAGCUUCCUUAUACAAGUCGACUAAAGCAAGCUGGUUCAAUUCUCGUAGAGCUAGUUAGCUAAUUUGUAAGGGAAAAAUGGUUCCUUUUGGUUUCUUUCUGGUGCUGUUUAUCUCAAUCGUCUCAUCUGUCCAUGGGUACCACGGCGGUUGGACAAAUGCUCGUGCCACUUUCUAUGGUGGAGGUGAUGCUUCUGGGACGAUGGGUGGCGCAUGUGGGUAUGGAAACCUAUACAGCCAGGGUUAUGGGAUUAACACAGCAGCACUGAGCACUGCAUUGUUCAACAAUGGCCUAAGCUGCGGGGCAUGCUUUGAGAUUAGAUGUGCAAAUGAUCCAAAAUGGUGCCUCCCAGGCUCCAUUGUGGUCACCGCCACUAAUUUCUGCCCACCAGGAGGAUGGUGUGACCCUCCCCAGCAACACUUUGAUCUCUCUCAGCCAAUCUUCCAGCACAUUGCACAAUACAGAGCUGGGGUUGUUCCCGUGAUUUACAGAAGGGUUAGUUGCAGGAGAAGAGGAGGGAUUAGGUUCACCAUUAAUGGCCAUUCCUACUUCAAUUUAGUUCUAGUGACCAAUGUUGGUGGUGCUGGGGACGUGCAUGCAGUGGCCAUCAGGGGCUCAAGAACUGGGUGGCAGGCAAUGUCAAGGAAUUGGGGCCAAAAUUGGCAGAGCAAUUCAUAUCUCAACGGACAAAGCCUCUCUUUUGUUGUCACAACCAGCAAUGGGCACAGUGUGGUUUCAUACAAUGUUGCCCCACCCAGCUGGUCCUUCGGUCAGACAUAUACUGGAAGGCAGUUUCGCAGCUUCCGCUACUAAUUAAUUAAACAUAUAUACCUCUCUCUCUAUUAAGUAUUCUUACACCAUGCAUGUCUACUAAAGUACGGAAAGGCUAUGCUUCAAAAACUUGAUCAGCCGAUUAGAUCCUAAAAAGAAAUUGGGUGAGUCUAUAUAUAUAUAUAUAUAUAUAUAUAUAUCUGUAGGGCCAUUAAUAUUGGUUCAAAAUGCAGAGUGUUUGCGUAAAAAACCAAGGGCCCUUUUCUAUUGACCAAUAUGAUUGUGAGUUUUUGCAUUUCAUGUCUCGCUUUGUUCUGAAGCAUGAAGACCUUAUAUAGUUAAUUCAAUUCGCUGCUGGAGAGGGAGAUCAGAGUCGGAGAGAGACCGCUGUUUGGUGCUGCAAUUAUACUACCUAAUUACUCUA